GCACAUCUUACUGUACCUUUAAGAGGUAUAACAUGAAAAACGACUGACAUAGUUUUUCAGGAGACUUAGUAUUUCCUGCGUUUCCCGCGCUCAGCUGAGCAAGCCGGGUGCCACUGAGUACAUGUUUGACACUUAUACCCCUGCAGUCUGGUUUUACGCUUUAGUAUUUCGGUGCUACGGGUAGGGGCGUGUCUGUCAUACAAAACUAAUGGAUUCCUCAACAAAACUAUAAUUUGAGGUAACUAAUAUACACGGUCUGUCGAACGUUCAAGAUCUAUUUCACCUGCGCACCGGAUCUUAGACAAUUAUCUGUGACAGGAAAAUUGAAUCCCAGACGGCUGGAAUUGAUACAUGAGUAAUAAGACCUGAAACACAGUGAGAAGACCUGACACACUGGAAGAAGACCUAAAACACAGUAAGAAGACUUGAAACACAGUAAGAAGACUUGAAACACAGUAAGAAGACCUGAAACAUUGGAAGAAGACUUGAAACACAGUAAGAAGACCUGAAACACUGAAAGAAGACCUGAAACACAAGAAGAAGACCUGAAACACAGGAAGAAGACCUGACACACAGGAAGAAGACCAGAAUCACAAGAAGACCUGAAACACAGGAAGAAGACCUGAAACCCACGAAGAAGACCUGAAACCCACGAAGAAGACCUGAAACCCACGAAGAAGACCUGAAACCCACGAAGAAGACCUGAAACACAUGAAGACCUGAAACACCGGAAGAAGACCUGAAACACAGGAAGACCUGAAACACAGGAAGAAUACCUGAAACACAGGUUUUGGCUGUGGGGUGCUGAUGGUCUGAUCCGUGGCCUGGUUCUGACUGGGUGAACAGAACCCAGGAGCCCUGAGAGGAUGAGUGUUCCCCCUCCCUGGCACUCCUCUAAGGGAUGAAGACCUCUGCUUUCCUCCUCUUCUUUCUGUCUUCCUUGUGCAGAACUAUGCAGCCUGUGUCAACUAAGACAGUGAAGGAUACGGUGAAGGAGUGGAAGAGAUACAGGAACGAGUGCAUGCAGAAAAUAAGAACGGACCCCACAGCCCCAGCAGGCUUAGUCUGCGGCCGGAUGUUUGACAUGUACGCCUGCUGGCCGGACGGCGCGCCCAACACCACCGUCAAAGUGGCAUGCCCGUGGUACCUUCCCUGGUACGACCAAGUUCGCCAUGGCUACGUGUCGCGGCAGUGCGGGCCCGAUGGACAGUGGGCCACCGACAACACCAGUGGCUACUGGAGGGACCACUCCCAGUGCAACGCCGACAACAGCCAGCAAGCGGCGCAGGAGAAGCAAAUGGUGAUCCUGGCCUCCUUCCGGCUGAUGUAUACCGUGGGCUACUCCCUGUCCCUGGUCAGCCUCACACUGGCCUUCAUCAUACUGCUGAUCUUCAGGAAACUCAGGUGCACAAGGAACUAUAUCCACACCAACCUGUUUGCCUCCUUCAUCCUGCGAGCCAUAUCCAUCCUCACCAGGGACGCCGUUCUUACCAGGGACACGCCCGAGUUCAGUGACAAUAGAGACCUGUCCAACGUCCUCAGUGAUCAGGCCCUGUCUGGCUGCCGCGUGGCCCAGGUGCUAAUGCAGUAUUGCGUGGGUGCCAACUACUUCUGGCUGCUGGUGGAAGGUCUGUACCUCCACAACCUCCUGGUGCUCAUGGUCUUCUCUGAGAACAGCUACUUCUGUGCAUACCUUGUCAUCGGCUGGGGAACCCCGGUGUUGUUUGUGGUGCCCUGGAUCAUAGUACGAUACCUAUACGAAAACACGCGGUGCUGGGAGAUCAACGGGAACAUGGCGUACUGGUGGAUCAUCCGCACUCCCAUUCUGUUGGUCAUUCUGGUCAACUUUUUUAUAUUUAUUCGGAUCAUACAGAUACUUGUCUCCAAAUUAAAGGCACACCAAAUGAGGUACACAGAUUAUAAAGUCAGGUUGGCCAAGUCCACUCUGACUCUCAUUCCUCUCCUGGGCAUCCAUGAAGUUGUCUUUGCCGUGAUGUCAGAAGAACAGACCGAGGGGAUCCUCCGAAUUGUCAAACUCUUUUUCGAACUCUUCUUUAACUCUUUCCAGGGUCUUCUGGUGGCCAUCCUCUACUGCUUCGUCAAUAAGGAGGUUCAGUCGGAGAUCAAUAGGAAGUGGCAGCGAUGGAAGCUGGGAAUAGCUGUCCUGGAUGACAUGCGCAAUACUGGCAGCAACACGCCACAGGGGGGCGCCACCACAGGGCAAUGCGAGCAUGACCAGCUCUGCCAGUCUGACUGUCCGCAGAACAACAUCCAGAACCUCUCCUCGGACGCCUCCGCGUCUGGGCCACAUCCUCCCCCACAGCACCACCACCACCCAGGGGCCAAGAAGGGCACGGCCUACUGCUACAUCUCCAGCCACGGGCGGGUGCUUAGCGGCAUGGGUGUAGCUGCACUGGGCCACGGGGAUGUAGACGGAGGCAUGAAAUUCUCUGAGAGCUACUGCUGAGCAACACUCAGUUAACACGGGCUAACAACUAGCCUGGCCCCCUGUGUCGUUUCAGGUGGAAUCUGAGACGGACAAUCGUCUGAUUCCGUUAAGUUCUUCCAGGUCUACACGGCCUAACGGGUGUUUCGUUCAGCCAUUGUGUUAAUAGUUGGGUGCAAAGUGAUCCGGGACUCGUCCUCGCCGGGCAAUCACUUGAGGGCUGCCAGUGGCAGAUGACUGCAUGACGACUCACAUUGAAAUCAUCCGGUGCUCCGUGUUCGUUUCAUAUUUCAAGUAACCAGUGAUAGAAUUAUCUCUAACCAAUCAGAAACUCGGAUGCAAUUUCUGAACACUGCUCUACAGCAGUAUGUGUUUUAGGGCGCAACCCAUGAAUGCCCUGGGCCCAUUUGGACUUUUUGAGAACAUUUUACCUUUUAGAAAUCAUUUUGGAGUGACUCACAUUCUGACUCAUUGUGAAGAAUGUUGGUGGAUGUGGCGUGAUGCUUCAGCCAGAGCAAGCCGUUUGAGUGGCUGUGCAAAAUGACCUCACCCAAGCGCAACAUUGCCUGAACGGACCUAAAUGUUGCGUAAAAGUACUAGUCCAGUAAAAAGUGCAUUGGUUUUAGCUAAUAGUUAUCAAAGAAGCACUUCAGAGCCCCCAAAAUAUAUUAUUGUGUCAUAUUUGUAUCUUCAGUUCAAUUCAUGAUUAAAUUGAGAAAAUAACACUGUUAAACCUUUAUAUGCUCUGAUUCCUUUUCUACCUCUCGCUCUUGCUGUGGAUAAAGUGGAGAUGUUUCUGCUACUACGUGCCAACCGAGGGUCUUCAUGUGCAAUGGAAGUUAUAACAGUAGAGUUUUAGUUGUAGUAUACUGUGUUGGCCAAACAGUGAAUUACUUUCUGGAUGGCAGUAAACCAAUUGACCUUACCAGUGAGCUAGGUAUUGAGUACAUACACAUAACACACAAAUGCAAACAGACAGCCACUGAAAAACUCUGACUCUCUGACUCACCCUUAGGACUGAUCGAUAGCACCUCCAGCAGGGCAGAGGACAAUAUGACACCCUCAGAUUUAAUCGCAAGGGAUUUUUGCCAUUCACACUCUAGAACUGACAGGAAAUGGAAGUGGGCAGGA